UCGCUGGUUAUUUGAAUUGCCUGCGUAGAAGAUGUUUUCUUUGACAGGUUAAACACUCUUUGACUACACAGCGCGUCCUUAGCGUGACCUCCCUGAAGCCAUCCCCUCUAUAAUUGGUUAUAUAUUCAUAUAAUGGACUAUAAUUACGUUUUAAAGCACCGGCUUCUGCCAACAAACAGAGGUGUAACACUGCCACAUAGUGACAAGAUGCGCCCAUUGUAUGUCACUUUAUAAGACACGAAAUUGCUUUAUUAGUUCACACAAGAUACAUGGUAUAAAAACGUGCAGCAUCAUCAUGAUUUAAAAAAAAUACUAUGGACUUUAUAGAGACUAUUAUCAUAGUCAGAGCAAUACCUACUUUUAUCUCACUUUGAUACAGAGAUCUUUCUCAAAAAGGAAGUGGAAGAGGAGGCGUUCCACAACAUUUGUUUUCAAUAGAGGACUUUAUUUACAGUUUAAAGUCUAAUAGUUAAGCCAAAUUUUAAUUAUUAUAAAUUUCACACAUUUCGACUGACAAUCAAUUUCAUCAUCUCACUAAUAAGAAUGAGCAUCGCAAAAGUUGCUCUGACAGACUCGUAGUGGUGUGUUUCUAAAGUAAAGUACCACAAUGAAUGCACUACUGUCGAACGAUCGGCCCGUUCGCACACCUUUAGCAGUUUUCCACCGACACCCGUUUUCCCCGCUCGACCUGCCCGGCGGCUCUGGCCCCGCCCCUUUCAACCUCUCCCUGCUCUCCCCUCGACAGACAGAACAGUUUCCCGAUCAGUCCAGACGAGCCUUUCCUCCUUCACCGCUCCGCUUGUGAUUUUCUCUCUAUCUUCUCCGCCGGCAUGAGCGCCAAGCUGUGGACUGAGGAGCAGUUCAACUGCCCCGUGUGUCUUGACCUCCCCAAUGAUCCGGUCACAAUCCCCUGCGGGCACAGCUACUGCAUGGGCUGCAUCAAGGACUACUGGAGCAAGGACGACCCCAAGGGGGUCUACAGCUGCCCCCAAUGCCGGAAGAACUUCUCCCCCAAGCCCUCCCUGUCCAGGAACACCAUGCUGGCCGAAGCGGUAGAGCAGCUCCGCAAAGGGGCCCACAAGGCCGACGUGCGUGAGUCCAUGCGGAGUGCCAGUUCCUCGGCCAAAAGGAAGACCUCCUCCUCUUCCUCCUCCUCCUCUUCGGCGGUACCGUGCGACAUGUGCAAAGGGGAGCGGCGAGCGGCGGUCAAGAGCUGCCUGUCGUGCAUGACCUCGUUCUGCGCCGCCCACCUGAAGCCCCACUCCACCAAGAAGGCCCUGAAGGCGCACGAGCUGAUCGCGCCCACGGCCAACCUGGCGGAGAAGAUCUGCACCCAGCACAAGUACCUGCAGGAGUUCUACUGCCGCCAGUGCAAGAUGUUCAUCUGCUGGCUGUGCACCAGCAACCAACACAAGGGCCACGAGUGCGUCUCCACCAAAGCCGAGCGCCUGGAGAAACAGAAAGUGCUGGCAGAGAUGCAGACUGAAAACCAGCAGAGGCUGAAAGACCGCCAGCAGGAGCUGAAGGACAUGAAGAAGAUGAUGGAGGGGAUGAAGCGUUCCGCGGACAGGGUGCACGGCGACACGGAGCAAGUGCUGGUGGAGCUGCAGCGGUCGGUGGAGCGUCUGCAGGAGCUGCUGGAGGAGGUGCUUGACCAGGCCGGCAUGGAGAAGAUGGGACAGGCCCAGGAGGUCGUCGAUAACCUGGAGGCCGAGAUCAAGGAGCUGAAAAAGAGGGAGACGGAGAUGAGGGACCUGGUGCACUGCGAGGACCACAUCCACUACCUGGAGGCCUGCGAGUCCGUGUGCAGCCCGCUGGAGUCGGGGGACCUGCCCGUCGUGGCCGCAAACCUCGACGCUUCCUUUGAGCCCGUGCGGGAAGCCGUCCUGAACCUCCGGGAACGCGUGGAGGACCUGUGCAACCAGGAGCUGAGCAAGAUCACCAAACAAGUCAACGACACCACGCUGUUCACGCUGAAGGACUCCAACCGGAGCGCGAAGGGAGGGAUUCUAAAAUUGUUUGGCCUGUCCUCUCGCAACACCAGCAGCCGCCCAGCAGCCGCUGUGCCCAGCAUCGCGUCGGGAGGGCGGAGCGCGGACAGAAGAGGUAUCGGCCUCAAGAGUCAAGACGUGAGGAGCAGAGACGGUCCGCGAGACGGAGGAAACACAAGCUCACCCAGACCCCGAGACAAGCAGAGAGAGACAGUGAGGGAGACCAACCCCCGACCGAGCCCCGUCCCCGUCCCCAGCCCCUCUCCCAGCCGCGCAAACCCUCAGUCUCUUUGGAGCAGGGCCAGUCAGAACCAGGCUGCCGCCCCGACCCAGACUCCAAUCCCGGCCACCCCGAUUCCCGCUCCAGCACCUGCACCAACCGGAGGGUCCAGUUUCGGUCGGAUGGCGUCCAUCAGCAGCCUGUUCCGCUCCCAUCGGCGCGGCACCACCCCGGCUACCCCGGCCGGUAACACACUGCCAGCCGGAGGAAACCCAUGGGCGACGGCCGCUCCGUCUGAAUCACCAACGCAAAUUAACCCCGGCCUCUUCUUGGACCUGCCCACCCCGACCUCGGUGAUGCACGCGCCUGCUUUUCCCGCGCUGCGAGAGAUCAACCUGGACAGCAUCCAGGCCCCGGAGCCCAGGACCAGAGAGGAGUUCCUGCAGUACUCUGUGACCUUGACCCUCGACACCGACACCGCCCACCGGCGGCUGGCCCUCACCGAGGGCAACACCAAAGCCACCCUGCAGGCAGCGGCGCAGCCUUACCCCAACGCAGCCGGGCGCUUCGACGGCUGGACCCAGGUGAUGUGCGCGAGCCCGCUGUACGCCCAGCGCUGCUACUGGGAGGUGGAGUGGAGGGGCCGGGGCUCCUCCAUGGGCGUGGCCUACGGCGCCAUGGCCCGGAAGGGCUCGGACGCCCGGUCGGGCCUCGGCUACAACGCCCAGUCGUGGACCCUGGAGCUGUCGGACUGUUGCUCGGCGAUGCACGACAACGAGAAGCGGGAUAUCCCGGUGAGCUACUCGCCCCGCCUGGGCCUCUACCUGGACGUGUCCACGGGGACGCUGGCCUUCUACAGCGUGGCGGAGAGCAUGACGCACCUGCACAGCUUCCGCGCCAACUUCACGCAGCCGCUCUACGCCGCCUUCGCGGUGGGCAGCGGGGUCGGGGUGGGCCUGGACUUUGCCCUCGGACAGUUCAGUUCCAGCUCCGACAGCAUCAAGAUCUGUCCCAUGUGAGAGAGGGGGGCGAGGGAGGGGGAGGAUCUUCCCUUCAGAACAAACUGCUUAUCCGGUUGGGUUGCGGGAAAGCAGCUGACUUCAGCAUAAUAAGUGAAAACACUCAACAACUUUACUUUGAGUUUCUGUACUAGUUCUUCCACCGAGAAUGAGUAAUACAGCAGUGGGUGAGUCAGACGCUUUGUUUCCAUUGCUUUAUUAUAAAAAAAAAAAAGAGGCAGCUUAUUAAUAGCCAUGUGUAGUUUAGAGGAUAAUGAUCUUAGAGGAGAGGCACGAGGAAGCGACAUAACAUAGUAGCCAACAAAAGACACACCUGAACCUGCCGCCCUACUGGAAAAACAGGGGAUUUGACAAAUACAACUAAUCUACGGAUGAGAAGCCUGAUGGUGCCUUUUUUCCUCUGCUCUAAACUCUAACAAAUGUACAAAAAAACACAGCAAUUUAGCACUAAAUUGCAUGACAAACACAUUUAUUCAAUUACUUAAAAAAUAAAAGCAUCACUUUUGUCUUAAUUUGAAUUCCCCUCUGCGGGAAAGCAAGAAAAAUAAAGAUGGCUGGACAUAUUAAAA